AUGAAGGCGUCGUGGCAGGGCUGGCAAAGCCGAGACCAGAGUCAAUGGCAAGGUUGGUGGCGCGACUGGCAGCAGGAUGGCUCAGGCUGGCAAUGGCAGCACCAGAGUCAGACGGACAACUGGGGACGCCAAGAUGGGCAAGGAGGCUCCCAGGGUCAGAGUCACCAGCCGAGCCAGGCGGAUGGAGCGAAGGGUCAGAAAGGCCACGAUGGAAGCCAGCCUGGAAAAGGCAAAGGACCCAACCAGGGUCAGAACAAGGGUGGAAAAGGCAAGGGUCAGCCUCCUCAACAAGCAGCUGGACAAGCAGUGGCAGCCAAGGGUCAGGCUCAGGCUCCUCAACAAGCUGGCCAAGCAGCCAAGGGUCAGCCUCCUCAACAAGCUGGGCAAGCAGCCAAGGGUCAGCCUCCUCCACAGCAAGCAGCCAAGGGUCAGCCUCCACAGCAAGCUGGACAAGCAGGCAAGGGUCAGCUUCCUCCACAGCAAGCUCCUCCGGCCAAGGGUCAGCCUGGGAAAGCAGGCAAGGGGCAGACUGCCAAAGGCCAGAAAGGCAAAGCUUCCAAAGGAUCCAAGAGUCAGAGUCAGCCCCCAGUGCCAAGGCCGGAGCCCAGACGGGCGAGUGAGGAGGAUUUGAUGGAGGUUUUGACGGAGAUGGCCGGUGACCUCUCGCUGUCAGAGUCAGCGUUUUCCUCCCUGCGGUCUUUGCUGCAGUACGGCCGCGAUGGGCAUAUUCGCCUGACCCUCAUCAUGAUUCAGGCGGUGCAAGCCCAUCACGUGAACCCUGGGCAGCGCUUGGACAGCUGGGUUUUGUCGAGAGUCAGUGUCGACAGACAGAUUCUCGAUUCCCGGCGUCCCAGCCGAAAGGGUGGCAAAGGAAAACCCUCGUAG